AUGACCCCCCUCCACCACCUACUUCUCCUCACCCUCCUCCCAAUAAUAGUCCAUGCCAACUACAAACGGUACAAUCACACCCUGGCUCGUAAGCUCAUCUUCCUCGCCACAUCCGCCUACUCACCCACGCCCAACGCGUGCCUACAGAAAAAGUUCGAUGAGGGCGAGCUAGUUCAGUAUUAUGACAUUCCUUGUGAUAUCUCCGUGAAUAAUACCUGUUCUGGCUACAUUGCUCUACUACACAAUGAGAAGGCUAUUGCCGUGGUGUUUCGAGGUACCACAACUGAUGACCAGAUGGUGAAAGAGGGCUUUGCCGCCUUUGCGGAUAAACUACAGUUCCUGGAGAUGGGCAGGGUUAACAGUUACUUUUUUGAAGCUUUUGAAAAGCUUUGGAAAGGCCAGAUGGGCACAAAGUUUGAAGAAGUUAUCAAGGCACACUCUGAUUAUGAUUUGUGGGUAUGUUUUGCUUACUUAUUGGUCGAAGAUUGUAGCGAAAAAAUCAACCAAAAUAAAAAAAUCCUAAAUCUUCAAAGAUUUUUAAAUUUUCUACAAACUUAUUGACCGCUUUCUAAAAAUUUUUGAUAGCCCUAUAUUUGGCAUACCCUCUAGCAUUACAACGCCAAAUUUUGUAAGAUUUCAAUACCUGUAUCAAAAGUUAUGGCACGUCGAAGAUAUUUCAAUUUUCUGCAAACUAUUCGACCAAUUUUCAAAAUUUUCAAAUACCCAUAUAUUUUCCAUGCCCCACAGAUUCACCAUGCCAAAUUUUAUAGCUUUUACAGUCUUACUCCAAAAAUUAUGACACCUCAAAGUUUAAAAAAUUUGUCGACCAUAACACCUUCAUAAGCCUAGCUAGCUAAACUUCAAAAUUAUAGGUAACCGGUCACUCACUAGGUGGUGCUUUAGCUAAUUUAGCAUCAGCAUAUAUUGUUUCGACUAUACCCAAAUAUACCGUGGAAAAUUCGGCCCAUAUCAACUUUGGCCAGCCUACAGUUGGAGACAAGGAAUACGUCGAAAGCUUCAAGAAAUUGGUAACUACUCAUAUCUUUCCUCAAUAUCAACAAAAUCUAAUCACCCCUCGCUUUAUAUAAGCCUAAAACUCACCAUUUUACAUGACAAAAAUUUAGAUUCCUUGGUACUACCGAGUCACUCACACACAAGAUGUUAUCAUAGAUAUAUACCCAAAAUCCUUAGGUUUUGAGCAUCACGGCUCUGAAGUAUGGUACAAUAACACUAUGGUACCUGGCUCAUCAUAUCAAAUUUGUGAACUCGAAUGUGUGAAAAACAAUACUCAUGAAAACAUGGAGGAUCAUCGGCACUAUUUCGAUAUUAAUGUUGUUAAAUAUGGUAGAACUGUAUGUGUGGCCUAA